CAUGGUAUUCUCAUCCAACCCACUCUCCCUCAGCGUCUCCGACCCUCUCUUCGACACAUGGCUCCGCCAAAACGGAUACCCUGAAAUCCUCGACCACCGCCCCACCUCCUCCGCCUCACCCUCCACCGUCUCCGCCGCCACACCCUCCACCUCCACCACCAUCACCUCCACCGCACUCGGCUUCUUCACCUCGCUCUACUCCACCGUCUACAUCCUCCUCUCUCUCUUCUCCACCAACCCCUUCGCCAAGCUCACCAACGACGACCUCGCCGCCCCCACGCCGCCGUGGCAGGCCGGCUUUAUUGGCGACUAUGAGUCCUACUCGUUCCCGGUGUCUGGCGCUCAGGCGCAGUUGAGGGUUCAGGAGAAUGUGAAGCGCUAUGCGAGGAACUAUGCUUGGUUGUUGGUCGUCUUCUUCGCUUGUUCUCUGUAUCAAAUGCCAUGGGCUGCUGUUGGAUUAAUAUUUUCUUUGGCGCUCUGGGAGAGCUUUAAGCGCUGCAGUGUUACGUGGGGACUGGAUCAAUACCCAACAGUUCAGCAAACCAUAAUUCGUGUUGCUCAAUGUGUAGCUGCUGUUAUCCUGAUAUAUUCAGGUGUUCAAAUGGCUUUAUUCUCAGCACUCAGUCUCAAUUAUGCAGGAAUGAUACUGCAUGCUGGGUUUCGGACGCUAACUCGUGAAAAGCAAGCUUCUCGCGGUAGAUCAAGAUGAUAGGUUCUAAGCUUCUACCUCUUUAGCAAUACAAUCAAAAGGGCUAGAGUCAAACACUUGAGCUAUAAUGAUGUCCUCAUGUGGGAAACAAAGAAAAAGGAUAAAUCUCCUGAUAUUUUCAGCGGCAAGAAUAUAAUAGUUGAACAAAUCAUACACUGAUAAUGAUGCAGGUGUAAAUUAAUUUAUUAAUUAUUUAAUGAAGUUAUUUUGAAAGCCUCUUGUAUUGUACUGGCUUCAGGGAUAAUGCAGGAUCAGAAAUCUCUAUUUUGCAAUUAUAACAAAAUUUAGAAGUA